AAAAGACUUGAGAGCCGACGUAAUUAUGAUCUAAGUUGUGCAAUUUCUAUGAUUAAAGGCUCUGUCUCUUCAUGUGAAGAAGACCGGACUUGAAUUGCACCUAUUGGUUGGUUCUCUCUUUGUUUCCAAAGUUUCAUUUUCAUUAUCAAAACGCAAAGCACCAGAGAGAAAAUAAAGCUUGAAUUUCAGGUUUGGUUAUAUUUUGAAGCAUCAGAAAUAUUAGUAGAAAAUCUGAGGUGUUACUGAGUAUUGGGUUUUUGGUUGCAAGUUCUAAGGGUGUGGAUAAGUUGCUUAUCUGAGAAUUCAAGUUUUAGAAUUGUGAUAAGAGUGUGUAUAAUAUCAUUACCAAAAAGAAAUCAUUGGAGAGUCGAACUCAGUAUUGGAUUUUGGGUUCUAGGGGGAAGGAGUGGUGGUUUGAAACUAGUUUGAGUGUCAUUUUUUGUGGCUUUGAUUUCUAUGCAUUUAUUGUAAGUAAAAGAUGUAUAGCAAUUUUAAGGAGCACGCAAUAGAGUAUGUGAAGCAGGCAGUUCAGGAGGAUGAUGUUGGAAACUAUAGCAAAGCAUUUCCGCUCUAUAUGAAUGCGUUAGAGUACUUUAGGACUCAUUUGAAGUAUGAGAAGAAUCCAAAGAUUAAGGAAGCGAUUACUCAAAAAUGUAUGGAAUAUUUGAAGAGGGCAGACGAGAUAAGGGCCAUUCUCGAUAAUGGGGGGAGUGGGCCUUCCCCUAGUGGUGAUGCAACAGUUGCUAGCCAACCAAAGACAAAGUUGAAGGGAGGAGUGGGGAAAGAUGCGGAGGAUCUAGAGCAAGCAAAGCUUAGGGCUGGCCUUGAUUCUAUGAUAAUCAGGGAGAAACCAAACGUGAAGUGGAGUGACGUGGCCGGGCUUGAGAGUGCCAAACAGGCAUUGCAAGAGGCUGUAAUACUGCCUGUGAAGUUUCCCCACUUUUUUACUGGGAAGAGAAAACCAUGGAGGGCUUUUCUAUUAUAUGGUCCACCUGGAACGGGGAAGUCCUAUCUAGCAAAGGCAGUGGCAACAGAAGCAGAUUCAACUUUCUUUAGUGUUUCGUCAUUAGACCUUUUUUCAAAAUGGAUGGGUGAAAGCGAAAAGCUAGUCUCAAAUCUUUUCCAAAUGGCUCGUGAUAAUGCUCCUUCCAUUAUUUUCAUUGACGAAAUUGAUUCCUUAUGUGGCCAGCGAGGUGAAGGCAAUGAGAGUGAAGCAUCUCGACAUAUCAAAACAGAACUUCUUGUACAGAUGCAGGGUGUAGGCAGCGAUGAUCAGAAAGUUCUGGUUCUUGUUGCCACGAAUACUCCAUAUGCUCUGGAUCAGGUCCAUCUUGGAGACACUCCUCAUAACUUAACUGAAAGUGAUUUUGAGCAUUUAGCUCACAAAACAGAAGGAUUUUCAGGUUCAGACAUAGCUGUUUGUGUUAAAGACGUUCUAUUUGAACCUGUUCGUCAAACCCGUGAUGCAAAAUUCUUCAAAAAGAACUCUAGCGACAUGUGGGUCCCUUGCGAACCUACUGAACGAGGAGUUGUUUAGGUUACCUUGCAGGAACUUGAUGCACAAGGCCUAGCUUCAAAGAUCCAGCCACCACCAAUCACAAGAGCAGAUUUUGAUAAAGUACUUGCAAGACAGAAGCCAACUGUAAGUAAAGCCGAUCUUGAGGUGCAUGAGAGAUUCACGGAGGAGUUUGGGGAAGAAGGCUGAUUGCUUGAGUUUGAACACAAGGGCUGAUUAACUAUUAGAAACAGGUAAAACUACUAGUAUAGGUAAAUGAAAAAUGUAUAUAUAGUCGUCAAUAUUGCUUGUAAUAGAAAGUUCAGCGUCUUUUUAAGAGAACACCAUGCCAUAUUGUUUCAAUCUCUGUCUGUCUCACCAGAAGAGGAAGAGGUGGAAAGCUCUUAAUUGAUGUUUAGUGUUACUGGUCAUAGUCUCCAUAUUCAAUAAUGAUUGAUAAUCUUACCAAUUUUUUCCCAUC